UAUUACUCUUAUUUUUUCCUUAUAUACACCAUUAUGUUAUUGAUGAUAAUGCUUAAUCUCCUACAAUCCUUUCCUUGUUUGUAAGAUUUUGAUGGAUCUCAUUUAAGGCUUAAUCUCCUACUAUCCCUUUCUGACUUUGGCAAAAAAUAAAAUAAUCAAUCAAACUGGCUAAAUUUCAAACACGUGACACCUUGCUGCAACGCAAAUUACCUUCCAGACUCUUAAACCUCUUCCCUUCUCUCCUCAUAUCGGAAUUCACCAUACAGACCCAAUAGUGGUGAUGGCAUUGGCAGCCCAGCCUAAGAACCUGCAGAUUGAGAAUGUUGUUUUGAACCUUCCUAGGAACAUUCGGUGCAACAAGUGUAGGAAUACCAUGGCCAAAGACACCGAGAUCAAUUCCCGCAAAGAAAAAUCCUCCGGAAACUUGGAGUAUUUGGGGAUUAAAAACACCAGAUUUCACUUCAAUUGUACCAAGUGCUCGGCUGGGAUCGUCUUAAGGACAAACCCACAAUUGUCACGCGUUCUUUGUGAGUCCGAUGCUACACUAUUUUGUGGUGAUCAACUUCCCGGGCGUCUUCCGUAUGGGCUUGAGGAGGAGUCAAACUGGGAUGAGAACAGAGACGAGAUCUUAGCCCAACGGAUUUUCAUGCUGCGGCAAAAAAAACAUAAGAGGAAGAUGGAAGAAGUGGGGGAUGCCAUGAAAUCUUUGGAUUUGGAAAGAGAGAUUUAGCAGCUUUCCGUGAAGAUGAAGAGAGAAAGGGGACGCAGAUUGUCACAGUUGUUUUGGUCGUUCAGCAGUACAAAGAUGAAUUCAAAGGCAGA